UGAAACUUAAAGAGGACACCAACUUCUCUUCUUUGGUUUCAAAUAUGGGGAAAAUGGCCUCUCUAGUUGCUACUCUUUUAGUGGUUUUAGUGUCACUUAGCUUAGCUUCCGAAAGCUCAGCAAACUAUCAAUACUCAUCUCCUCCACCACCAAAGAAGCCAUACCACCCUUCACCAACACCUUAUCAUCCCGCACCAGUUUACAGAUCACCACCACCACCAACUCCACUUUACAAGUCACCACCACCACCUAAGGAGCCACACUAUCCUCCACACACCCCGGUUUACAAGUCGCCACCUCCUCCAACUCCAAUUUACAAGUCACCACCACCACCGGUGAAGCCAUACCAUCCACCACCAGUUUAUAAGUCACCACCACCCCCUACGCCUGUUUACAAGUCACCACCACCACCAGUGAAGCCAUACCAUCCUGCACCAGUAUACAAGUCUCCACCACCACCAACUCCAGUUUAUAAGUCACCACCACCACCGGUGAAGCCAUACCAUCCUACACCUGUGUACAAGUAUCCACCACCACCAACUCCUGUUUACAUGUCCCCACCACCACCAGUGAAGCCAUACCAUCCUACACCUGUGUACAAUUCUCCACCACCACCAACUCCCGUUUACAUGUCCCCACCACCACCAGUGAAGCCAUAUCAUCCUACACCUGUGUACAAAUCUCCACCACCACCAACUCCCGUUUACAAAUCACCACCACCACCCGUGAAGCCAUACCAUCCUUCACCAACACCACACCAUCCUACACCAGUAUACAAGUCUUCACCACCCCACUAUAUUUAUUCCUCUCCCCCUCCUCCCCACCAUUACUAAGAAGUGACUUCUUCAUUAUAUACGAGGAAAAGCAUAAUGUUGAGGUCAAAGGAGGCAUUUUCAUUUACGAGAGACAAUGAUAAAAAGAAGAAAAUUAAAUUUUAUAUAGUAAAUAAUAAGGCGGAGUUCUUUUGUAGCUUCAUUUUAUCUAAUUUAGUGAUAUUGUUUUUGUACUCUAUUUUUAUA